GGUGCUGGAAUCAUUCACUACUGCUCAAAUACUAUUGUAGUUCGUAAGUUCAGUGUAAAAAUGUGCCCUCUUGCGCUAACCAUAGCAAAUUCUGGUUUCGCCAUUGGCUCUUUAAUUUUACCACCAAUACUUACGGUCUGUAUUCAACAGUACAACUGGAAGAUUGCAUUUAUUGUUCUAGGCGGUAUAAGCUCUACCGGGCUUUUUGCUGCAGCUACAUUCGUUUCUUCUAACAAUGAUAACAACGAUGACGAUAGUGAUAAUGUUGAAGUAAGGAAAACUAUGAUUGGAAUUUUGAAAAAUGUCAAAUUCAUGGUCUUCUUCGUUUCGAAUGGUAUAGCCACUACGGCUUUGUUUGGCCCUUCAACAUUUCUCCCCGACCUAAUGCAAGAAAAAGGACUAAGCAGUAAAGAAAUAGCCGUUUGCAUCAUUGUCAUAGGCGUAGGUAAUCUUUUUGGACGUCUUCUUUGUGGGGCCGCUGCAUCAAAGUUCAACAAUCAAGUUGUAUGGAUUUUUGGAAUUUCACUUCUUGGCUUUGGUGUUACAUCUACUGCUAUGAUUUUGGCAAAGUCGUUGCAUAUAUUUAUGGUAUUGUCGGUACUUGUGGGACUUUUUUCAGGGGGCUAUUUUGGAUUGUUUACUGCCGUUGUUUCCUACUAUCUUGGAAAGAAACAGCUCCCGAUAGGAUAUGGAAUGAUUUCUGCGACGACAGGAAUAUCACUCACUGCUGGAAUGCCACUAGCUGGUUUUGUAUCCGAUUCGUAUGGCAAUGAGAACGGGUCAUUUGUAUUUGGAGGAUGUAUGAUGUUCUUUGCGGCAAUGAUGGUGUUUGUCAACUUGGUCGUCGACUUCCGUAGACGGGGAACAUGCGCUAGACAGACUGGCAAUGAGAAAUACAAUGAACAAAAUGGAUAUAUAGAAACAACACAUUUAUAAUAUAUUUCUUUCAAAGUGUUUUUGACUUAUCCAUGUGGUAAAAAUGUGAAAAUGAUUA